AUGGACGACCCACGACCGUCAUUGAGAUUGCGCGCAGCUCCUCUUAAUUUGAACAAAUCUACGGUUCAUCGCAUUAUUUCGAACGAUUUACAUUUUCACCCCUAUAAAAUUGUUAUUGUUCAAGAAAUGAAGCCUGAUGAUCCUGAUAAACGAGUCGAAUUCUGCAGGACAAUGAAAAACCGUUUUAGGAGUUUCAAUAACAUCUGGUUCUCCGACGAAUCGAAUUUUCACAUCAACGGUCAUGUGUAUAAGCAAAAUUGCAGAUACUGGGCUUCCUGCAUCAGAAGCCCUUGCAAUCGCCAAAAAAAUGCAAAACCAGAAGGGCUACAACCGCAACACAUAAAUUGGCCAACGAGGAGCCCUGAUUUAACGCCUGCUGAUUUCUUCCUAUGGGGCUACCAAAAAAGCAAAGUUUACAAUCCAUUGCCACCCAACCUGAAUGUUUUGAAGCAAAGAAUCACUGAAGAAAUCAACUCUAUUCCAAGAGCGAUGCUCCAGCGAGUUAUUGAAAAAUUUAGCUCCAGGUUAAAUAAAUGUGAACAAAUGAAUGGUGCGCAUUUGCAAACGGUUGUUUUUCAUAAAUAA